AUGAGUUGGGGCACUCACCUCGUCGUCCUGGCCCUCACGGGCGCCAUACUUCUCCUCGCCAACCUGGUCUACGCAACGUCGACACGUAUCUACCGACACAAGCACAUCUGGGGAAAACUCGACUGCGUCGGCGGCGUCAACGCCACUAGCAGCACCUCAUCAUGGAUCGCGGCGCUCUUCAGAUCCAUCGGCAGCCUGCAGGACGGUGCACAGGAAGGGUACGACCGCUUCAUCAAAUCCGCCACCCGCCCGCGGCCUUUUGUACUGCCGACGAUGUGGACGGGGGGUCCUGUCGUGGUGCUGCCGCCGUCCAUGCUUCCCCUGGUCAACCGGUCCCCUACCCAAGAAACGGGUGUUCUGGGUCUCCUGGAGCAAUUCCAGUUCCGGUACCUGCACCCGGACCCGGACGUCUGGGCCAACACGGCGAUACAUUUUGACGUCGUGCGCAGGGACAUGGCGCACAAGAAAAUGGCGUCCCUGGCGGCCAUCAUCGCCGACGAGUGGCCCGCGGCGUUCCGUGCGUGCUGGGACGACGAGGACUCGGCAGCCGCCGCGGGCGUCUCGGCCUGGGACUCGGGCGUAGGCAUCAUGGCGCGCGUGGCGUUGCGCCUUUUGGUCGGGCUCCCCGGCUGCCGUGAUGCUUCCUUCUUUGAGCUCUCGCAGCUGUACGCCCGCGCCUUCAUCGUCGACGGUGUUGCCAUCAACUGCCUGCCGCCGGCGCUACGCCCGCUGCUGGGUCCUGUGCUGGCACUGCGGGCGCGCUACUACCAGCGCAAGGUUCUCAGGGCGUUGGUGCCGCUAGUGGAGCAGAAACUUGCCGAGGCGGCGACCGACAAGAACGACGACGGGCAGCAGCAGCAGCAAUCUGGCGACGUGAUCAAGUGGCUCAUCGCACGGUCCGCCACCGAGGGCCCCGAACAGAUGCAGCCCGCCAAGAUUGCGCGUCGCGUCGUAGCGCUCAUGUCCAUGUUUGGCUUCGCCAUCGGCUGGGUCUUUACUCACGCGCUGCUCGACAUAUACAGCAGCCCGUCGCGGGACGACGUGGUGGCCGGGCUCGAGGACGAGUGCGUCAGCGUGUCCCGACGACACAACGGUGUCGACACCAAGGAGGCCGUCGAGGCCCUCUUCCGCCUCGACUCGGCGGUGCGCGAGUCGAUGCGUCUCUCGGACGUCUCGGUGCACAUCCUGCCGCUCGACGUCGUGGCGGGCGACGGCAUCGACCUGGGCGUUGACGGCGCGCGCAUCACGCCCGGCUGCGGCCUGCGCGCCGUCUUCCCCGCGCAGAUGAUACACGCCGAUCCCGACAACUACUCGAAUCCCAACACGUACGACGCCUUUCGCUUCUCAAGGCCGUUUGAGGAGUUGGACGUGGUGCAGCAGAAUGAAGAGGAGAAGAAGGAGGAGAAGAAGCGGGAGCUCAUGACGACGACGACUGCCACGUUCCUACCUUUUGGCUACGGCAGGCGCUCGUGUCCUGGCCGCUGGUUGGUGGCGCACAUGGUCAAGCAGGCGCUGGCUCACGUUGUUCUCAAUUAUGAUGUCGAGGUUACACAGAGGCCUGGCCCGCGGAAGGCGCUGCUGAAUUUCAUGCUUCCGGCAGAGACUGCUCGGAUCACUGUGACUCGGAAAAAGAAGUUCUAA